GGCUAAAGGUCGGCAAUCAACGAUUACGUAGAGAAAAAUUUUCAUAAACAAAAUGGCGCUCCCCUGUGCUCUGUUUUCUUCGUCUGCUGAAGAUUUUAAUACUGAGGAUUUUGUUAAAUAUAUAUUGCAAGUUACUGAUCUGCCUCAGCCAAAAGUAAUCAGCGAUCAAAUUUUGAGUUAUGACUGGAAAUUUGAAACUAAAUAUUACAGAACAACUAUACAGCUGUGUACUACUGAUAACAGAACGAUUGGAGAUAAAGAUUUUGCUCAGUCUGUUGAAGCAUUUAUACAUUUCUUUGAUCCCAAUGUAUUAACGUCAUUUGAACGUGCCAAAGCAUGGCUACCUUAUUUAAAGCAUAUUGAACCUGAAGUCCAAAUGCUUGUAUGUAGGACCAGCAAACAUUCUGAUGUGGUUGGAAGGAAAAUAGCCCAAGAGUGGUGCAUACAAAAUGGGUUUGAACUCGUGGAGUUGGAACCAGAAAUAGACAAAGCAGAUGAAGAUGAUGAUUUUCCUGAAACAAUUGGAAUGGCUAGAAUAGUUCAAGCUUUACAUGCUCACACAUGGCCAAAUUUAGAGAUGAAAAAUAGCCCUACUGUACAAAGUCAGUAUGUGAGACAAAUGAUGAAGGAACAACAUAUUGCAAAUAAACAAAUGAAAGAGCUGCAAGAAAAAGAACCGCAAAAUAUUGAGCACACAACUAAUGAUGAUUCUGUCAAGGAUCCAUCUACAGAAAGAGGACCACUAAGCACAGAAAAUGAAGAUGUGCACAAAUGCGCAUCCUUGGAUGAGCAAAAAAAUCCCAAAGAUAGUCCCAUCUGCAGUAGCAGUGUUGCUGCAUCCUCAUUAGAGGAUGAAGUCUUAAAGCUGGGAGACAUUGAUUGGAGGACUCUGCUUGGGAACGAACCAAAAGACAAUGAAGAUGCACCGUUGACAGAUGGUGAUGUGGGUGUGGAGGAUUUUGAACAAUUAUUUAUGAAAUUGAAAGUUAUGAAAGAUAAAGCAGAAAACCUAACACCUGAAGAAAGAAGAAAAUAUGCAGAAAAGGUUGCAGUUUCCUUCUGGAAAGCCAUUGGUGGAGAUGAGGAUGAAAUAGAGGGUUUGGAUGGUGAUUCAGAUUGAUAUGUAAUACCACCUAAUUUGUUAUACAUUUACACAGCUACCUGUGCAAUAAUUUGUAAACUUUCAGUUGAUACCAACACUGAAAUUCAGUCAAUGUGAUUUUAUAAAAUAUCAUUCCUAGAUACACAAAACAUGAACAUUUGUAAUAUAUUAUGUAAAUCACUUUAUUGUGUAAAUAAAAAUGUACAUAUAAAUAAUACAAACAUUUGAGCAUUUCAUAUUUUUAAUAUGACAAACUGUAUACAAAUACAAUAUUGUACAAUGGUAUGAAUGAAGGGCUCAGUGGAAAAAGUACUGGUUACAUUUUCUCAAAAAUGAGUUAAGACCUGUAGUAUUACAUCCCCUAAACUACUGUAAAUUUGGGCCAUGGAAAAUGUACUGAAGUGGCUUAUUUCAAUAACCAUGCAUCACUAUUUUGGGAAAAUUUAGAAAAAUACUUAAAAUUCGUUCUUAACUGUUACCAACCAAUCAAAAAAUUACUGCUAGCCAAUAAAGAUGCACCAAAAAGGCACACCCUUCAUGUUACUUUCAACAACAAAGGCUAAAACAGUAGUUGAGGAA